AUGUCUCUCAUGCUCAACAGCGCAUAUCAAGGUACACAUGGUGGUGCAAUUGUGACUCUUGCGGGGAUGGGGGGGGGGGGGGAGGCCCGGGGGGGGGGGUUAUGUGGGAAUUUGCCUGCUUCAAAGCAUGGCAAGCGAGCUCUACAGCAACCGGAGAUCCUUGCUGCGCGGUGUCCCGGAGGGCUGCUUCAAAAUCCUCAAGACACCGGCGCCGCUGCCCGGGAGGAUGUCACCUGCUCGCUAGUCCCAGAAGUUGAAGAACACCCAGAGGGUCACAGACACACCUGGGUUUACUACAUGCUCCUUCUCUCUCUUUUAUCCAGGAGGGAAAGCCUUUGGAUUACUCAAAGCCAAGCAGCAAGGAAGGCUGGAAGAGAUCAACAAGGUGGGAGCAAUUCAAUCGCAAGUUAUUGGCUUACAUUACUGCCUGCUCUAGGAUGGGUGGCUCUUAUCAAUUUCAGUUCCUAAUAAUUGCAUUCUUAAGUUUUGAGUUCUCCACAUUUCCACACAGUUUGCUAUUUCCUUUUUUAGGUCCUCGUGGAAAUUCACCAGCAUUUAGGGGCAAAGUGUAUUUAAAUGCAAAAUGUGAAUUUCUCACAAAUCCCUAAUCCAGCUUUCCCCCCAUCAGACUGAUAGAGAGGCUUCCGAAUGUCAGUGAUAAGAUGCUCCCUACCAUCAGGCUUGCAGUCUAAAAGAACUAAGAGCACAUGUAGCGGCCUUAUGCUGACUCAGACCACUGAUUCAUCUAGCUCAGCAUUGCAUACACUGACUGGCAGCAGCUCUCCAGGGUUUCAGAGAUGGAGCCUGAAAUUGACAGACAGGGGCUGUGAAACUAACGUAGCUGAAGCUUUAGGCCCCCUAAUCCCAGAGGGGCCCCAGAAGCAACUAAGUAUGUAACUGUGACUCUAAUUUGAGUCACCUUGAUUUGAGUCAAAUUGAUUACUUUUUUUGUACAUAUUUCAACAAUCCCAAAGUUUGAGAGUCAGAAGCACAGGUGUUGUAAAGGUGUGGUGAUCUGUCAUGGAACAACCCCAUUGAAGAGGUUAACAGUGGUUACCUAAACCUCGUUUCUGGUUGCGAAGGGGCCGUCAUGACAGUUCAAACUCCAGGGCCCCCAAAAUGUAGGUCUGCCUGUUGACAGAUCCAUCCAUCCCUUUAUACAUGUGCAAGCUAUCUGUAUACAAGUGCAGGUGUUUGUGGUGGUGCACGUGGGCUGAAGCUAUUCAGAAAUGUGUAGUGCAGAUUAGAAGCCCUGCUGCACAACUGUUGAGUGUUCCCAUGUACAGUAUUCAAAAGCUGGGUCCCUGCCCCCAAAGCAUUUGCAGUCAACAGAGGCAAGGAUAAGAGGAGAGGAAGCUACACAGGUGUGUAUGCAAGGGUAGGGUCUUAGCUCAGUGGUAGAGCAUCUGCCCUGCAUGCAGGUUCAGUCCUCAGUGGCAUCUCCAAGUAGGGCUGAUAGUCCUUUGUCUGAAAGCCCAGAGCUGCUGCUAGUCAGUGCUGACAGUUCUGAGCUAGACAAACUAAUAGUUUGACUCUGUACAAGCCGAGGCAGCAUCCUAAGAUGCCAUUUAUUCCUACCAUUGCAUGCAGAAGGUCCCAGGUUCAAUCUCAAUGGUUCCCCAUCUUUGUGUUAAAAAGCUUUCCGCUGAGGAUCCUGGCUCACAAAAUCUCUCACCUCAUUGCUGAUGCAACAAAACAGAUUUCAAAACAACCUCUGUUUAAGUGACAAAGUGAUGUAACCAUCAGCUUUGAUUUUGGUGUUUUGAGCCUGCAGGAGGUGGAAAAACCUGCUUUAGAAUCUCUGGCUUAUUCCCCACCUGUUUAUAUGGGAGGGGGGGUCCUUAAUGAAAGAGAUUCCAAUGUCAUUGGGACUUCAGGAAUGUCUGUCUCUGUUGAUAUGUGGAUGUGCUGCUGUUUACCUCUUGCAAGAUCACAUAAGUACUAAUUUACAGCUCUCUUUGACAACUGGUUUAGGUUGGGAGGAUACUGUUGGGUUCAUUGUGUGUGUGUGUGUGUGUGUGUGUGUGUGCGCAAAGGAAGUUCCCAGUGGAAACUGUGUGGCUGAUUCAUCAGCAAAGGAGCAUUCCCCAAACUGGUGCCCUCCAAAUGCUUUGAACUACAACUCCCAUCAGCCCCUGCCAGCAAUGCCACCGAAUGAUAUUAAGAUACAGUACUUAUUAAGAAUUCCAUCAAAGAAUCCUGGGAACUGUAGUUUCCCUCUCAGAGUUCCCAACAGACUACAUUUACCAGGAUUAUUUGGGGGAAGUCAUAUGCUUUAAACAAUUGAUGUGGGUCUGCCUUGAUACAUUGACCUUCCCAGAGUUCCCUGGGAAGAGGGACUGAUUGUUAAACCACUCUGGGAAUUUGAGUUCUGUGAGGGGAACAGGGGUCUCCUAACAACUCUCGGCACCCUUUAUAAGCUACAGUUCCCAGGAGGCUUGCACCCAGACUGUUUAAAAGUGGUAUGAUUCUGCUUUAAAUGUACAUUGCAGAAGGGGCCUUUUCACUGAGUGGGAUUCUGUGUUCAGGGCAGCUUCCCUGACUGGCAGGAAAGCAAGAUGAGCCUGUAUCUUUUGGAAUGUCCUCUCACAUACGGUGCUGCAAGGUUUCUUGUGCUCACACACCUCUUCCUUCCUGCCUUCAUCCUCCCCCAUCUCCUGUCGCCCCACCAACUAGGCUUUAAGCAUCCUCUGGUCUUAAGACUGGAGAGACCUGUCAGGAGUGAACAUGGACCACUGGUACCAAAUCGUAUGGGAAACAGCCUUACUAGAAAAGCUACCCAACAGACUCAAACUGACAAGGAGGGAAAUAGAAGAAGACGCCUUCACCCCAGUAUGGCUGCACUUUAUCACAUACACAGCCCAACAAGAUGACAACAAGAACCCACCGACAACAUACAAAUCAAUCCGGCUAACUUGACCCAAAAUCCUACCCUCCACUUCACACUCGCAAACAAAUCUAAUUGCAGCCAACUAAACACAACCAGCCAUGCCCUGGGGCCCCCACCCAACCUCUCUCACUACCAAGGAAAUAUAAUAAAUAAAAAGAAAGAGAACCUACCCAAACGACGCUGACAUUAAAAACCCACAUACAUACUAAGUAUAACAAUGUGACUUUACCACUUCUCCCCCUUCUCCCCCUUCUUUUUUUCUUCUGCAACCUUAUUCUGUAUACAGUUGUACCUUGGCUCCUGAAUGCCUUGGGAGUCGAAUGUUUUGGUUCCCGAAUGUGAUGGGAUUAUGAGCUGCUUGUGCGUAAAAUCGUAUUCCCUCAGAGUUUGUUCAAGUCCACAAACCUCUGUCUGUGACUGAGCCCCUCUGACAUGGCUCCUCUAGUCACUAGAAGAUUCCGACAGUGGUUGCUUUCGUAAUCGCUUCCAACAUAAAAGCUCCUUAACGGAAACACGUCUUCUGGACUCUCUGCGUGACAGUUUCCGGCGAGGAGUGGGUGUCGCUACAGGAGGUCCGGAAACCUCACCACUGUUUUCGCUGGAAGUAUCUCUGAGCCAUCCCCCAGCUCCCUUUCCCUCAGUUCAGCUUGUCUCCCCUGCUGGUUUCCUCUUCCGCUGCUGAGUCUCUUCCAACCUGUCUGAGCCCUUUCACCUCCCUCAGUUCAGCUUCUCUCCCCUUGCUGGUUCCCUCUUCAGCUGCUGAAUCUCUUCCAACCUGUCUGAGUCCUUUCACCUCCCUUCCUUCCGAUGGCAGUUCCCUGACAUCCACCUCCCCUCCAGGGCCCCCUUCACCCCCUCUCGCCCCCUCCUCUACGGGCGGUGAGGAGGCAAAACCCGGAAUGAACUUCCUUCAUCUUCCGAUGUCUCGAACACUUCUCUCCACCUGUUGCGGUUCCUGGUCUCGAAGCACUCCUCCUCCUCCGAGUCCAUCUCCCCUUCCCCUUCCGAUUCUGGGAAUCCUUCCAACUCCUCCUCCUCCUCAGUGGUCCCAAAGUAUUCCCUCCGGAACCUCUCCACAGGCUGAGGUUUCCGCGGGAACCUUUGAUGGAACAUUUCUAUCAAUACCUCGUCAUUGAUAUCUUUGGCCAUUACCCACGUGUUUUCUGACUCCGGUUCUCCUUCCCACGCUACCAAAUACUCCACCUGAUUCCCCUUCCACCUGGCAUCAAGGAUUUCUGCCACAUGACUGCUGCAUUCUCUUUCUUCUAUGACCGGUCCCGAGUGUCCAUCCCUUCUCGUCCCCCCUCGUACGGUGACAGUAACGACCUGUGAAAUACUGGGUGCAGUUUCAUGUGGUUGGGUAACCGGAGCCUGAAAGCCACUGGGUUGACCUGUUGAAUGACCUCAAAGGGACCCAACCUCCUGGGUCGUAAUUUCUUACAACCUCCUUUGAACGGCAACCCUCGGGUUGACAGCCACACCCUAUCUCCAACCCUUAUGGUUUCACCUUCCCUUCGGUUCUUGUCUGCCUGCCUCUUGUAUUCUUCCUUCGCCCUUUCUAAGUUGAGUUGGAGCUGACGGUGGAUUGCUUCCAUUUCUUCUACAAAAUGCUCGGCUGCCGGUACGCUCCAUCUCUCCCCUUCUCCCCCUGGGAAAGCCCUGGGAUGACACCCAUAAUUAGCCAAGAAGGGGCUCAUCCCUGUGGACACAUUCUCGGCAUUGUUGUAGGCAAAUUCCGCCAGCGCCAACUUUUCUACCCAGUCAUUCUCUCUGUCAUUGACAUAACACCUCAGGUAUUGCUGGAGGACACCGUUUGCUCUUUCCGCCUGCCCGUUGGUUUCAGGGUGCCGGGCAGUCGAAAAGUUGACCUCCACCUGCAGUAAGCUCAUGAGCUUCCUCCAGAACCUGGAAGUAAAUUGUUUUCCUCGGUCUGAGACCACCCUCAAUGGCACCCCGUGCAACCUAAAAAUGUGUUCUACAAAUAACUUCGCUGUCUCUUCCGCCGUGACUGCAUGCGAGCAAGCUACAAAGUGGCACAUCUUUGUUAGUAGGUCUACCACCACCAUGAUGGCUGUUUUCCCUUUGGACUUCGGCAGAUCAGUCAUAAAAUCUAUCGACACUGCCUCCCAAGGUCGUUCUGGUGUUGGUAAGGGUUCUAAUAGCCCCGCCGGCGCCCGCCUUUCCCCUUUGGCUCGCUGGCACUGCUCGCACCCUCUUACAUACUCACGUACAUCCUCCCUCACCUUAGGCCACCAAAAUUCCCUGGUGACCAACCACAUGGUUUUGUGUUGCCCAAAAUGCCCCGCCGUGGGGCUGUCAUGCAACUGCUUGAGUACCCUCCCCUUAAGUCUCCUUCAGGGAUAUACAGUGCCCCUUUGUAAUACAAAGCUCCAUUUCUUUCCUCGAAACCCCUUGAUUCCUCUCCCUCAUCCCUAAGACCUCUGAGCUUAUUCUGGGCGUAUUCAUCAUUCUCUGUUUCUUCUACCAGUUCUCUUUGUCCCACCAAUGCCGCCCCACACACCCAGCGGUCCUCUGGAAUGACAUGUCUCUCUUCGGUGCUCCCUCCCCCUCCCAAUAUUCAGGUUUGCGUGAGAGAGCGUCCGCCCUAAUGUUCUCUGGGCCUGGCACGUAACAAAUCUCAAAGUUAAAUUUGGAGAAUUCCUGGGCCCAUCUCACUUGCCGUUGGUUGAGCACUCGUGCCGUCCUCCAAUACUCUAGGUUCUUGUGGUCAGUGCACACUUGCACCUUAUGUUGUGCGCCAAUUAGCAGGUGCCUCCAUCUCCGGAACGCCUCAUGAAUGGCUAGUAGUUCUCGGUCAUACACCGUGUAGUUCCUCUCGGAUUUGUUCAGCUUUCGCGAAAAAAAGCACACGGUCUCCACUCUGACUCCUCCUUCCCUGGCUGGAGAAGCACCGCCCCAACCGCUCUGUCUGAUGCGUCAGUUUCCACUCUCAUCGGUUUUUGUAAAUCCACAUGCAGGAGCUGUUGUUCCGAGGCGAAGGCCCUUUUAGUUCCUCAAAUGCUUGCUCCGCCUCCUCCGUCCAAACGAACUUCUUCUUACUGCUGAGACAGUCCGUAAUGGGCGCCGUCAGGUGGGCAAAGUUUGGGAUGAACUUACGAUAGAAGUUCCCAAACCCUAAAAACCUCUGCACAUCCUUCCUUGUUUUGGGUGUUUUCCAUUCCAGUACCGCCUGGACCUUGUCGGGAUCCAUGGCCAACCCCUUGUCAGACAGGCGAUACCCCAGGAAUUCCACCUCCUUGGUAUGAAACUGACACUUCUCCAGUUUCACCCACAGCUGGUUGGCUUGCAGCCUGCUCAACACUUCUCUGACGUCUCUCACAUGCUGCUCCUCAUUCUCAGAAUACACCAACACGUCGUCUAAGAAGGCCACACAAUUCUUGUAAAGCAACGGCCCCAGGACGUGGUUCAUAAACGAUUGAAAUGUUGCGGAGCCUGCUUGUAGACCGAAGGGCAUAACUAAGUAUUCAAAUGCCCCUAAAGGGGUGAACAUGGUGGUUUUCCAUUCAUCCCCCUUCCUUAUUCGUAUCAGGUUGUACGCCCCCCUUAGAUCCAGCUUGGUAAAAAUCUUUCCCUUCCGCACCCUUGUCAAAAUGUCGUCAAUCCUGGGCAUCGGGAAGGCCACUGGUUCUGACACUGCAUUUAAGGCCCUGAAGUCACACACCAGUCUCGGCUUGUUCGUGUUUUUGUCCACAAAAACACUGGGCUGCCCCACCGCCCUGGACUCUCUGAUGAACCCUCUCUUCAGGUUCUUGUCAAUGAACUCUCUUAGCUCCUGCAUCUCUCUGUCUGACAUGGCGUACAGCUUGCCCACAGGGAGCUGUGCCCCAGGGAGCAAAUUGAUUUGACAGUCAAAGGCUCUAUGCGGUGGUAGUUGGUCAGCUUCCCUUUCGCUGAAGACGUCGCGGAGAUCUGCGUAUUGUCGUGGUACCUUCACGUUCUCCGUCACUUCAGUCCCUGCUAGAGUGGCUUGGGCCCCUGCCAAAACCCUUCCCUCUUUGCAAUGUUCUAAGCAAUGUGCUGACCCAAAAGAAACCACUCUUUGAUGCCAGCCCACCAGCGGAUCAUGUAAUGCUAGCCAGCUCAUCCCCAAUAUAAUGGGAGCUCCUCCCAAGGUGGCCACAUUAAAUGCUAUUAGUUCGGUGUGCCUUGCCACCUUCAUUAUCAUUGGGACGGUCUGCAAGCUGACUUCUCCUCCCAACAGCUCCCUGCCAUCGAUCGUGGUUACCUGCAGGGGGUUGCUUAAGGGAGCGUCUGUAUCUGGUGUUCAGCUGCAAACUCUUUGCUCAUGAAAUUGCAGGAGCUGCCUGAGUCCAACAGCGCCUUUAUCUUAAGAGGGUGUCCGUUUGGCAGCUCUAGUGUCACUUCUAUCACUAGGGCGGGUUUAGGAGGUUCUGGAGUGGGCACUUUCACUGCUCUUUGGCCUGGCUGCUGUGCCCGACAAUGGCAGCCAGGCGUUGGCUUUUAGUUGCUCCGGUAUUUUUCCUCUCUUCCCUCCACAGCUCCCACCAUCCCUUGCCAUUCCUUCCUCUGGGGGCAGACUCUGGCAAAGUGCCCUGGCUGUUGGCAGAGAUAGCAUUUCCGGGCGCCUUUUCCAUCCUUCUUUCCCCCUCACUGGGCUUUGAAACUGCGCGCGCGCCGCUGUUCCGAUUUCCAUCGGCUCUGCCGGCGGGACAGUUGGCUCUGGAAUGUCUGGAAUGCGGAACUCCUUCCAACGUUCCCCUUUCCCUUCCCGCCUCUCCAAUGCUCUCGCCUCCUGGCGCGCUCCUAUGGCCAGCGCUGAUUUGGUCAGCUGGUCCAUAGACUCCGCCCUGGGCGCCCGGGAAAGUUCAUCUUUCACAGCCGAAGAAAGCCCUUCUUCAAAGAGCAUUUGAAUGGGUUCCGCCGAUAAGUCCCACCCCAAUCUGUGUAUCAGCAUGGUGAACUCAGUCCAGUACUCACGUACAGAUCGGCUCCCCUGUUUGCAAGCCAUUAACUGUCUGCGCACCACUCCCUUUUCAAUAUCGCUGGAAAACAUCAGAUCCAUGGCGCGAAAGAACUUCAUUGUGUCCUUUAGGACGUCACUAUGCGCUGCCAUCAGGGGUCUCACCCAGUCUCUCGCCCCCUUUUCAAGAUGCCCAAUCACAAAAGCCACUCGUGAUUCCUCAUCAGGAAAUCAUCAAACUGCAGAUUGAGGGCAUAUUGCAUUUCUGUCCGAAAGCUAUGAUAGUCUUUGGGCUCCCCCCCAAAUUUCUGCACCAAUCCUGGUACCUUUCUGGCGAGCUGGGUGGCUUUCUCCCUUUUGUCUGCAUCUUGAGCCCUCCUCUCCUCCAGCCUCGCCGUCUGCAGCGCCAGCUGGACCUCCAACACCCGGUACCUUUCUUCCAGGCUUGGACCCGCUCCAGCCCCUGCUUCUCCGGUUCCUGCUGGGUUGCUCAUUAUGCCUUCUCCUGCACAAGCUGCGUUCAGGGACUGUCGGAAUGCUGUGAUGGGAUUAUGAGCUGCUUGUGCGUAAAAUCGUAUUCCCUCAGAGUUUGUUCAAGUCCACAAACCUCUGUCUGUGACUGAGCCCCUCUGACAUGGCUCCUCUAGUCACUAGAAGAUUCCGACAGUGGUUGCUUUCGUAAUCGCUUCCAACAUAAAAGCUCCUUAACGGAAACACGUCUUCUGGACUCUCUGCGUGACAGUUUCCGGCGAGGAGUGGGUGUCGCUACAGGAGGUCCGGAAACCUCACCACUGUUUUCGCUGGAAGUAUCUCUGAGCCAUCCCCCCAGCUCCCUUUCCCUCAGUUCAGCGUGUCUCCCCCUCCUGCUGUCCUCCUCCGCUGCUGCGUCUCUUCCAACCUGUCUGAGCCCUUUCACCUCCCUCAGUUCAGCUUGUCUCCCCCUGCUGGUUCCCUCUUCAGCUGCUGAAUCUCUUCCAACCUGUCUGAGUCCUUUCACCUCCCUUCCUUCCGAUGGCAGUUCCCUGACACCGAACAAUCGAAAACCGGAAGUGAGUGUCCCAGUUUUCGAAUGUUCUUUUGGAAACUGAACGUCCGAUGGGGCUUCUGCGGCUUCCAGUUGGCUGCAGGAGCUUCCUGUAGCCAAUCAGAAGCCAUUCUUUGGAAGUCGAACGUUUCGGAAGUCGAACAGACUUCCGGAAUGGAUUUUCUUCGACUUCUGAGAUACAACUGUACAACACCAAUGACUCACAUCAUAUGUAACUGAUAUAAAUAAAAGACUUUACAACCUGAGAAAAGAGACAAUGCAUGUACUUUUGUAAGCAAAUAAAAUAUUUGAAAAUAAAUAAGAUUCUUUCUGCCUCUAGCCAAUGAAUGGAGAUAAUGGUUCUGGUUAAGGUAAUUGGAGGAGUGGGGUGUUGAGAAGGGGUGAGAGAAAACACAAAGCUUGUCAAGGCUUCAGGAUCUGCAAAUACCUUUCCAAUCUCAAAUUAGUGGAGCUACUAACACAGGAAUAGACAAGGGCAUUCCCAGAAUAUCUGUCUUUCUCUGAGAAAAUAUUGGAGGAUCUGGAAUUUUUCCUCCAUGCACAGUCUCCCUCUUGGGAUGGAGCAGGGAUGAGAAAGUUUUUUCAUCCCGGGGGCCGCAUUUCAUUCUGGGCAACCCUCCAAGGGCCAAAUGCCAGGCGUUGUUGGGGCCGGACACACAAGCAGGAUGAACGAUAUUUGAGAAUUUUUUUCCUUUGUACAGUUGGGCUAAUUUGUGAGCACAAAAACCCAUCUCUGUCCUCCACCCAGUGAGAGACAUAAUUGGAGUCUGAGGACGCAUCCCAGCCAACCAGAAAUACUAAAGGGGGUUACAAAGCAGAGCCAGUGCAGGAUGAGGCCUGGGAAGAGGGCGUUCGGCUGAGACGGUAUGGUAGAGAGAUCCAGAGGCCCACAUGUGGCCCCCCGGCCCCAAGGUUCCCCAUGCCUGGGCUAGAAAGCAUGAGUCAGAGUCAUGUUUGUUAUUACCUCUCCAGCUGUGCAGAGGCUCACAGUUGAUCCUGCUCAUAAAGCCUCCCAGAUCACUGUGGAAUAUUUGACAUUCCAGCCUUGUUGGGGAUAGCAUGGCAAGGUCGCCCCUGGGAGACAGCCAAGGCCUUCUAUGGGAAAGGCAGGAAGCUUCUCUCUGUUGGUUUCUGCUUUCCUUCACUGUGCAGCUCUGCUUGUCACGAGACAGGUGUUUACAUUCCACAGUCUGUACUGUUGGAGUUUCUCACGGGAAAGGGAGACUGGAUGUGACGUACACUGGUUUCCUGUUUUUUCACUGUGUGAUUCUCUCCGAGCUGUUGAGGAGAGAGGAUGCAUUUUCUGCUCCGGCAGAGGCAAGAUGUCUUUCUGUAAUAUACCAGCUUUGAACUGUAAAUAAAGCAAUAUAGAGUAUGCAGCACGUAUUACUCAUCCUUCCGCUGGCCACGACAGACUCUGCUUUAAAUCAACACGUGGUUAUGGGCCCAGAGGUCGAAUCGGAGUGCCGGCAGAUCGGAAUGCAGAGGGACGGAUCGGAAAGGAAUCUGCUCUGCGCGUAGAAGUGAUUGAUGAGGUAUGUGCUACUGCUCCGGGCAGCCUGCCAGCUUCAAGAUAAUGGCUUUAUGGCUGGACUUUGAACUUUUAAAGCCGGUUUUGCGAACAGGCAAAAGGCUCCCAGGCAUAAGUCAUUAUGCUGGGGAAAUCGAAAGUAACUUUUAAGUGUGCCUUUGUAAUGAGGCAGCUGCAGCAGUGACGCAGCAAGAUUUAAAGCAGCACAGAUAUGACGCUGACGGCUAAUGCCAGAGUCAUGAUGGCCCUUCAGGAUGCUUGUGGGAUUCCUAAGCUCAACAAGAAAAAUUAUAGCGACUGGGUACAGUAUGCAGAGGCAAUUCUGCGGAAAGAGGGUCUGUUUGAGGUGAUUACAGGAACCCCCCCAGUUCCAGUUACAGAUGCAUGGGAAGCUAAGGAUUCCAAAGCAAGGGGAACUCUUACAUUGAUAGUAUCCCCAGAAGAGCUCUGUCUAUUGCGUGAUAAGACCUCAGCCAGAGAAAUUUGGGACGCUCUGAGAGAGGCUCAUUUAAGGACAGAAGCUGGAUCCACUAUGUUUUACUUUAACAAGCUGCACAAUAUGGCUCUUGCUGAAGGUGGAGAUGUGCGUUUACAUCUGAUGGAGAUGCAAAAUCUGAGACAUGAGCUGCAACAGAGAGGACUCAACUUUCCAGAGGCUGUGUAUUCUUUCAUGAUACUACAAUCUUUGGGUUCAGGUUGGGAGUCUGUUGCAACCCAGAUUGCUGUGCAACCAACUGCUCAGCUGACAGUGGACUUUGUUACUGCCGUGAUUUUAAAUGAAGCAGAUCGCCGGGGUGCUAGCUGCAUGGGCAAGGGGGAGUCUUCACAGACGUCAUCCCAUAGUGCAGUGGAACCACCAGAUGGCGCCAAAGCUUUGAAGGCAGUGAAAUGCUACUCGUGUGGACGUCUAGGCCAUAUGAAGAGGGAAUGCAAAAAUCCCAGGGCCAAGACAGAGCAGCGCAGCGAAAGCUCAUCGCGCGGAAAAGGCCGAGGCAAAGGCAAAGGUCCGGUGUCUAGGACAACGCAGCACAAGGCUAUGGUUUCACGCUUCACUCCAAAGGUUGCAGAGGUCCAGAAGACGUCUAGAUCUUUCUUCGUUGUUGAUUCAGCGGCGACACACCACAUGUGCAACGAUAAGAGACUGUUUGUGUCUUUUACACCGCAGGAAGGUGCGAUUCACCAGGCGGAUGACCACACUAUUCCCAGUAAAGGCUACGGAACUGUUGUUCUUCACAGUUUGGACUUAUCGAUACAGAAUGUGCUUUACGUGCCAGACGCCAAACAUAAUCUGCUCAGCGUUGGACAGCUGAAUGAGCGGAACAUUGACGUUUCCUUCAAGAACAAGAAGUGCAUCAUCACAAAGAAAAAUGAUUAUGUAUUGCAUGCAGAAUAUGUUGAUCAUUUGUUUGUUUUGUAUUAUGAUGAUGUGGUGCAGGAUGACACUUGUUGCAUUGCAGGUUCUAACAAAAGUUUGCAUGCAGAAUGUAUUCACGAUUUUCAUCGAAAAUUUGGUCAUUUGCAUUUUGAGGCAGUAUCUAAAAUGCCUGCCUUGGUAGAAGGUAUGACUAUUAAACCCUGCAGGUACCACAUGAAGUGCAAAGCAUGCGCAGCAAACAAGGUGAAAAUGGCUGCGAAAGGUAAGGUGUCUAGUAGGAAGCUACAGAACCAUACCAGGUUGUUCAUGCUGAUUUGGUUGGACCACUAGCGCCCUCUUUGGGUGGAAAUAGAUACUUCAUGGUUCUCAUUGAUGCAUUUUCUAGAUAUAUUUUUGUGUACAAUCUCAAGCAGAAAUCGGAGGCUUUUCCUAGGUUCAAGGAAUUCUGUGCUUGGUUGGAAAAUGUGCAUGGUAAGAAGAUAAAGACUCUUUUCAGUGAUCGCGGGGAAUUCACUUCUCAGCAGUUUGAAGCUUUUCUGACUGAGAAAGGAAUUCAACACGAUUUGUCUAGUCCUCGCUCGCCAUGGCAGAAUGGACUUGCGGAACGGGCAAAUCAGACAUUGCUUCAAGGGUUAAAAACCUUGCUGCAUGAUGCCAAUCUUCCAGAGAGUUAUUGGGCCGAAUCUCUCUCGUGUUUUGUUUACAGUUACAAUCGCAGGUUAUCUUCAGCGAUUGGUUGUACCUCUAUGAGAAGAUGUUUGGCAAGAAGCCAUACAUCAAACACAUGAAGAUUUUUGGUUCUGACAUGUGGGUUCGCUCACCACAAAACUCCAAGUUAGACAAGCGUGGAUUGCAUGGUAUCUUUCUAGGUUAUCAGAAAGGGUCUUACAGAAUAAUGAUGACUGACUCUAAGACAAUUAAGCUCACGAGAAGUGUUGAGUACAAUGCAAAGUUGGGGGAGAAUGUGGGAAUUUUCCAAUGUUAUCCUGAUGACGGUGAUGAGACUGAGGAUAGUCAAAAGCAACCACAACAGCCCACACCCACUGAUGAAGGUUCUGAGUCUGAAUCUGAAACUGAAUCGGGUGAUUCAGAGGAUUUCAAGAGUGCGAAAGCCUCUAUGCGACCCUCUGAAAGCUCUGAUCAAGAAUUGGAGGAACCAUUGUUCACAAUAGGUCGUUUUUCUCCUAAGAAGGAAGAGGAGAGUGUUGAAGACUUAAGGCUAAUUCGUAGAUCACAGAGAGCCACAAAGGCAAACCUCCAAAGAGAUUUGCUGAUGAGUUUGCUAAGAUAGCAGUAACAGCUGUUAAAAGCUCCAAGAAGGUAUUUGAACCUUCAAGUUUCCAAGAAAUCCAGGGUUUGGAUUCAAAGGAAGCUAAGCCAUGGUUAAAUGCCAUGAAGGCUGAGCUUGAUUCCUUAGAAAGGAACAAAACAUGGGAGCUAGUUCCAGUAGUUCCAGGAAUGAAACUGCUUGGAAGCAAAUGGGUCUUCAAAGCGAAGACAGAUCAAAAUGGCAAGAUAGUCAGACACAAAGCCAGAUUGGUAGCCAGAGGUUUUGCACAGGUACCAGGUCAAGACUAUCACGAGACCUAUUCACCCACAGUGAGAUAUGAAAGCAUUAGGCUUAUGCUCAAGCUAGCUGCAGAGGAAAAUCUACACAUUAGUCACCAUGAUAUCAAUACAGCUUUUCUGUACGGAUCUCUAGAUGAAUCACUUUAUAUGCUUCCACCUGAUGGCGUACAGGUAAAACAGGGAUUUGUUUGUGCUCUGAAGAAAUCCCUUUAUGGUCUCAAACAAAGUGCACGGUGUUGGCACACAAAACUCACUGAAGUAUUGUUUUCUCUAGGUUUUCAGCAAGGGAAAGCUGAUCCAUGUGUAUUUGUCAAAGAGGAGGGGCAAAAGAAACUGUACUGUUUGUUUUAUGUUGAUGAUUUAUUAUUCUUUUGGAAAGAUGUUGCAAUGUACAAUAGCGCCCUAGCUCAACUGAAAGAGCACUUUGACAUGAAAGAUCUUGGUGAGGUAAACAACUACCUAUCUCUGGAAAUAGAGAGAGAUCAAGAUGGUAACAUUCUAGUACACCAGUCACGGAAAAUUGCUGAUGUGUUAAGCAAACUAAAUCUGAUGGAUGCUAACCCUGUAGACACACCGAUGACAACAGGUUAUCAGGUAGAUGACACUGAAGAAGCAUUUUCUGACACUACACUGUACAGGAGUGUGCUAGGCAAGCUAAACUUCAUUGCCAGAUGUUCAAGACCAGACAUUGCUGUUAGCUGUAAUUUGCUAAGCAGACAAGUCAACAAUCCUAGUGUCAAGCACUGGAAAGCUCUGAAACGCAUAGUGCGGUAUUUGAAAGGCACUAUGCAUUACAGACUGAGAUUUAACAAUCAGAAGUCUGGUGGUCUUGAGAUAUUUGCAGAUGCAAGUUUUGGAAGUGACGCUACAGACAGGAAAAGUACGUCUGGAGUUUGCUACAUGUACAAUCAGAGUCUGUUUGAUUGGUCAUGCAAGAAGCAAACAACAGUUAGCUUCAGUACUUGUGAAGCCGAACUGAAUGCACUGUCUUAUUCACUUAAGGAUUGUGAAUGGUUAGUACAAUUGUGCAAAGAUAUGAAAAUUCCUGUCAAAUGUCCAAUCCAGGUUUACCAGGACAACAAAGCAUGUUUGGCUUUGCUGAAGUCUGAAGGUUGUAAGCAAAGCACAAAGCACUUGCAAUUAAAGUUGCAGCAUGCUAGGGAAUGUAUUCAGAAGGGACUCGUAACGGUGUCCUAUAUGCCAGGUAGUGAAAUUCCUGCUGAUGUAUUGUCCAAGAUUGUAUCAAGGGAUCAACACUGUACCUAUGUGCAGAAGUUGGGUUUGUACUGAUAUUGUACGAACACGCUGCCCAGUGAUGUUCACAGAAAGGGGAGGAUGUUGGUUUCUGCUUUCCUUCACUGUGCAGCUCUGCUUGUCACGAGACAGGUGUUUACAUUCCACAGUCUGUACUGUUGGAGUUUCUCACGGGAAAGGGAGACUGGAUGUGACGUACACUGGUUUCCUGUUUUUUUUACUGUGUUAUUCUCUCCGAGCUGUUGAGGAGAGAGGAUGCAUUUUCUGCUUCGGCAGAGGCAAGAUGUCUUUCUGUAAUAUACCAGCUUUGAACUGUAAAUAAAGCAAUAUAGAGUAUGCAGCACGUAUUACUCAUCCUUCCGCUGGCCACGAGACUCUGCUUUAAAUCAACACUCUCAGGCUCCUUCCAAGGCUCGACUGGCCACAGCACAUGGCAACCCUGCCUAUCCCCAGCUCCUAACCUGGUCUCGGGUUCACGGCAGCAGGAGGGGCUUCCAAAGUGGGGCACACAACCUCUGACUCCAUGCAUGAAACCAGAGCCCUAAACUUGGGACUCUGGCUGAGCAUUAACCAAGCAGACAGGAAGGGUGAUUUUCAGGUACUGAUUUCUCCAGCACCCAUAGCUCUGUGGCAGAGUACCUACUUUUCAAUUGAGAAGGUCCCAAGCUGAGGUGCUGGAGAGCUGCUGCCAGCCAAAUGUACCAUUGGUGUGACUUCCUAUAUUCCUGGAAAGGGCCUGAGUGGUAGAGCACCUGUGUUGCAUGUCCCCAGUUCAAUCCCCAGAAUCUCUGGGUAUUGGUGGGAGAGACCUUCCAUCUGAGAUACUGGGAGUGUAGCUGCCAGUCAGUGUAGGCAACUGGUCUGACUCAGUAGAAAGCAGCUUCCUGUUGUUUAAGGAGAAGGGCUGUAGCUCAGUGGUACAGCAUCUGUUUUGCUUGCAGGUUCAACCCCUGGCAUAUCUGAGGAAAACUGAGAAAGACACCCCUCCCCAGUGUAAUUUCAUAGUGUCUGGCACUGGCUGGCAGCAGCUCUCCAUGUUUUCAGACAGGGAAUCUCUCCCAGCCCUACCCAGAGAUGUCAGCAAACAAAUGCUCUGCCUCUAAACUAAAAUACUACCCCUGUCCUCAUGGCACUAAAUAAAGGGGUGAUAAAAGGAAGAAGCUGUCUCACAUUGAGUCAGAUCACUGGUUCAUGUAGUUAAAUAUUGUCUGCACUGACUGGCAGCAGCUCUCCAUGGUUUCAGACAAGAGUCUCUCCCAGCCCUACCUGGAGAGGCCAAUGGGGACUGAACCUGGAACCUUUUGCAUGCAAAGUAAAUGCUCUGCUACUGAGCCCCAUCUCCAGAAUCUUUCCUGAAGCCAAAAUGGGAAUUUACCAGGAACUUGUGCUCAUCAGUUUGGGACAGUUGGAAAACAGGCACCAUUUAAUCCAGAAGGUCGGCCCCUUUUCUUCCAAAUAAAUAAUUUGGAAGAAAAGGGGCUGACCUUCUGACUGGCACUCAUCUGACUAGCUUGCCCUAGCCACUCUGGACUGCUCCCAACAAAAAUAUUAAAAACACAAUAAAACAACAAACAUUGAAAACUUCCCCAUACAGCAGGGCUGCCUUCAGAUGUCUUCUAAAUCCAUCUUGCCCGCCUGCCUCUCAAACACAAGCCUGCUGUGCAGGACAGGCUCAUCCUGUGUGCUGGGUGUCAUCCCAUCAGAAGGUCCUAGUUCUGUGAGCAGAGAGGAGGACAAACCCAGAGCCAAAUGGUGAGCAGAUGUCGGUGAUUUCUGCCAUGUGGAAUGUGUUGCUGGUGCCUGGGGGUGGGUGGGGUGGGGGGGACAAACAGACUGGAGCCAUUACAUUCCAUCAGGUUCCUAAGGGCUGGGAGGAAAUUUGGAACAAGAGCCUCUGGCACGCAGCUGCAGAGGGAGCUGGCUGAGUGGGGGUCACCCAAGCAGCCUGGCCUGCACCCCACGGCACUCUUGCUCCUCUCCGCCCAGCGUAAUACAAACAGAAAUGGGAGCGAAUAUUCUCAGUGUCCGCAUAUUCAUGCCACGUCCAGAACGGAUCUUGCAAAUAUGACCCGAGUUUGCUGCUUCCAGUCUGCAAGUGAGAAGAAGUGGUUAUGUUUGUAAACACAACACAACACCACCAACACAACUUGCAUCACAUUGAAACGAGUGGGGGGGGAGCAAUGACAACAUCAUUUACGUAAGUAGGUAAUUGUGUAAUUUACAUCACUUCACCACAACAGACAGCAAGAGAAAUAAUGGGAGUUUGGGGGCGAAAAUGAACUCGGAGAUGUCCUUGAGGGUUGAACCUGGAACCUUCCACAUGCAAACCAGUUGCUCUGUCAUUGAACUGUGACCUUUCCCCCAGAAGUAAAAUAGGAUUCUAGUCCUCAAGGUCCUGGAUAAAGAGCCGAUUUUAAAUGGGAGCCCAGAGAGCUGUCUUACCCUGAGUCAUACCAUUGGUUCAUCUAGCUGAGUGCUGUCUGCACUGAUUGGCCAUGGCGCUCCAAGGUUUCAGGCAGGAAACAUUCUCUGGCUUACCUGGAGAGGCCAGGGAUUGAACCUAGGAGCUUUUGCAUGCAUGGCAAAGGCUCUGUCACCGAAUUACACCCUGCUGCUUCUCCAAUUCAAAUUGGUCUUCCAGAAGUACCAGUGUUGUGUGGUAUUAACCCAUCUGAAGACUUUGUUAUUACUUCCUUAAAUGUAUUGAAUUCAUUUCUCUCCCACCACCAUUUCUUUCUCAGGAGUUUCUCUGUGACCCAAAGUUCAGCGAUGAAGAGCAUUUGGAGGAAAAACUUGCAGUUUUCAAAGGUACAUUGUUUAAACUGAGAGUGGGUGACAAAAAGCAGCUGAUGCUACUACAUCUUGGGUGAACCAGAGUUAGGUGAACCAACUCUGACUCAGCCUAUUUAAUCCUUCUAUCCCAAUAUGGCAGCAGCUCCACAAUAACUGAUACCGAGACCCUUUCAACUAAGGAUGCAGGGGACCGAACCAGGGAAUUUCUACAAGCAAAGUGGGUGAUUUACUACUGAGCCAUGGCUACUCCACAUAUUCCCUGCACCUUCUAAGCAUGGGCAGCCAUAGAUAGCACUCCAGCUGCCAUCAUUCCUGGCCAUUGGCCAUGCUAGCUGGGGCUGAUGGGAGUUGGAGUCCAACCACAGUCAGAGAUCCCCAGGUUAGAGAUGGCUGGUGUAUGGCAACUAGGGAUGGACUCCACUGUCAAUUUUGGUUUCUCUAAGUUUCUCAUUUUUGUCCAGUCGUAAAUUCAGUUCUCCACAUUUCUGUAGUAGCUGGCUGUUUUUUAAAAAACAAAACAAAACAAAAACACUCAUCAGCAUUUUAGUGUAAAUUUAUCCUAAUUUUUCUGCACACUUUUGACUACUACUAUACACAUUUUUUUGCCAUAAAUUCCCCCUCCUGCAAUAUAUUUCUAUCUAUUAUUUUCACAAAUAAAUGCAUUUUUUUUAUUUUUGCAAAUCUCUUCCAAUAUAUAGAAGAGUGACUAGUGGGGUGCCACAGGGUUCUGUCUUGGGCCCGGUCUUAUUCAACAUCUUUAUCAACGACUUGGAUGAUGGACUCAAGGGCAUCCUGAUCAAAUUUGCAGAUGACACCAAACUGGGAGGGGUGGCUAACACCCCAGAGGACAGGAUCACACUUCAAAACGACCUUGACAGAUUAGAGAACUGGGCAAAAACAAACAAGAUGAAUUUUAACAGGGAGAAAUGUAAAGUAUUGCACUUGGGCAAAAAAAUGAGAGGCACAAAUACAAGAUGGGUGACACCUGGCUUGAGAGCAGUACAUGUGAAAAGGAUCUAGGAGUCUUGGUUGACCACAAACUUGACAUGAGCCAACAGUGUGACGCAGCAGCUAAAAAAGCCAAUGCAAUUCUGGGCAUCAAUAGGAAUAUAGCAUCUAGAUCAAGGGAAGUAAUAGUGCCACUGUAUUCUGCUCUGGUCAGACCUCACCUGGAGUACUGUGUCCAGUUCUGGGCACCACAGUUCAAGAAGGACACUGACAAACUGGAACGUGUCCAGAGGAGGGCAACCAAAAUGGUCAAAGGUCUGGAAACGAUGCCUUAUGAGGAACGGCUAAGGGAGCUGGGCAUGUUUAGCCUGGAGAAGAGGAGGUUAAGGGGUGAUAUGAUAGCCAUGUUCAAAUAUAUGAAAGGAUGUCACAUAGAGGAGGGAGAAAGGUUGUUUUCUGCUGCUCCAGAGAAGCGGACACGGAGCAAUGGAUCCAAACUACAAGAAAGAAGUUUCCACCUAAACAUUAGGAAGAACUUCCUGACAGUAAGAGCUGUUCGACAGUGGAAUUUGCUGCCAAGGAGUGUGGUGGAGUCUCCUUCUUUGGAGGUCUUUAAGCAGAGGCUUGACAACCAUAUGUCAGGAGUGCUCUGAUGGUGUUUCCUGCUUGGCAGGGGGUUGGACUCGAUGGCCCUUGUGGUCUCUUCCAACUCUAUGAUUCUAUGAUUCUAUAUGCAUUUUGCACAUACCCUCUGGUUCUGCUUUGCAACAUACAGAGAAGUGCUAUUUUCAGAAACAUACAGAGAAGUACUAAUUUCAGAAAUGUGAAUUUGGGCGAACAAAACCCGAUUUCUCCUCCGUCCCGAAACUUGUACCCAGCCCUUCAGAGAGCAACUCAAGCUGAAAGCCUCUCUUAGGUUUACAUGCCCUGCCCACUCUCCGCACUGAUUGAAGACCUUUAAAUGUAAGACAGUCCGCUAAAAGCUUCUGCUUGAGGGCCUCCAGAAUCUUAAGAGGUGGCCUUUGUCCAUAUGGAAAAGCUGGCUUUGGAAGCAGGUUCCUCAGCCACAAGCCACCAUAGUCUUGCAAUAACUCUUUGGCAAUAGUGUCAGGGUGUGGGAGAGGAUCGCAAAUCUUUGGGUCAGGGCUUUGGGACAGCUGCUUCCUUGCCUCUUUUUGACACGGAGGUUUCUGAGAAACAGAUGUGAUUUAGGAAUCUGUGUUUUUUGGGUUGGUUUUUUGUUUUGUUUUUUUGGCCUCACUUUAUUUCCUUUGCCUGGGGACUCUGGAGUGUACACAGAUAUGUUUCUGUUUAGGAUUUAGCCUGAGGUGGGGACAGUGGCCCAAAUUGACCUAGUUCUUUCCCCCCACGCUGGGCCUGGGGGAUUCUGCAAGAACCACACAAGGUUAUUGUGGUUCCACAUGGAUCCCUAUGAAAUUACUGGUUUCCCUUUUGGCAAAACAAUCAUCGCAGAGUGAGCCAUUGCACUCAACAUCUAGUCUGAAAAUUUAGGGACCAAGGACUACUGAUGGCUCUAAGUUCACUGGGUCCAUCAUUUUCAAUGGGUCUUCUCUGUGAGUAGGACUAGCUUUGGUCACAACCUGCAAUGUAUAUCUGUUUGUCAUUUCUUCACUAUACAACUUUCACUGCCCUUCUUUGCCCUGGCUUUCGACACUUGAGAUAUGUGUGUUCAGGGCCCACCCUAUUCCUGUCACUGUAAUCUGUUUUAACUGUUUUUAAUUUUUAAUUGUUUUAACUUGACCUUGUACCUGCUAGUGAAGGGCGGGUAAUAUAUUUAACAAUGCUGCUUCUAAUUUCUCAACCCACCCUACAGCUGUGUCCUUGUGGUGUGGGUGGGUUUUUUAUUUCUUGCAUUUUCGUUUGUUUGUUUUUAAGCAAGGCCUGAAACAUACACAGAUAGAUUUCCCCCUCUGAAUAAGCCUUUCUUCAAACAUUGUGGCUGGUGGGUCGCCAGUUUGUGGGUUCCUCUAACCCGAGUCCACAACUUGCCUUCAUUCUGCUGCUCCCUGGCCUUCCAUGUUUUCGUCAUGUCGACUCCAGCUCCCGUUCAGCCUAGAGUCGCUCAGGCUGCUGCCAAACGCCUUCUCCGGGUCUCCCAACAAUCACCCUGUUGUUCUGGCCUCCUUCUCCCCCGCUGGGCAUGAGAAGUUGCAAGAGCCCCUCUGCAGAAUUGGCAUUUGUGUCAAAGCUAUUUGUGUCUGUCCGUGUGUGUACUAAGGCAAGAUUUUGCCCCAUUGAACGGGGGAUGAAAGACGGAACCUUUGGACCCUACACAGGAAAGCUUAGGCUGCUGAGAAGGGGCUUGAGGAGGGGGAGGGUUUUUCGUUUUUGUUUUAAAAAAGCAUGUCUUGUUCACUGCUGUGCUUCCGAAACUGGAUUCUCAAUGGACAGAAAUAGAUUUGGGGGUGGGGGACAACAACACACAGAGAGCAACUUAGAACUGGGUUACACAAAUAACAGGCUGUGCUGUUAGUUGAUCAAGAGUGGCGUUGUGGGGAAUCACACAACUGAAUGCUUCUCUAUACUGUACUACCAAAAGAAAACCCUUUCACAUAGAAAGCUAGAGUAUCAGUAAGAGACAUUCUAACCUAGCAAUCUAAAGGGCAUGCUAACUUUCUAGAUUCAAGGAUCAGGUGCUAUAAGAACAGCCCUCCGGCAUCAAGCCCAUAGGCAACUCCCUAUUAAAACCAGCUGUUAAUCCAGAACUGGAAUCUUCAUUUCUAAGGGAAAUAGCUCAGUGAUAGAGAAUAUCCUUUGCAUGCAGAAAGUCCCAGGUUCGAUUCCCUGCAUUUCCAGGAAGGCCUGGGAAUUUCCUGUGCCUGAAACCUUGGCGAGCCACUGCCAGUCAGAGCAGACAAUACUAAGCUAGAUGGACUAUUGGUCCGACUCGGCAUAAGGCAGCUUCUUACGCUCAUCAGGAGCAUCUAUAGCCUGGUGGCAGAGCAUCUGCGCUGCAUGCAUAAGGUCCCGGGUUCAAUGCCUGGCAUCUCCAAGGAGGGUUAAGAGUAACACCCUGCCUUAAGCCCCAGAGAGCUGCUGUCAGUCAGUGUAGACAAUAGUGAGCUAGAUAGACCAAUGGCAUCUUUCCAUGUUCCUGUCUGUACCUGGAGUUUCUGACAAUUGAACACGGGGCCUUCUGCAUGCAUAUCAUGUGCUCUAUUGGUGGUGCCCUAUAGUGUUAGAGAGUGUAUAUUUAAUGUGAAGGAAGCCAUGCAAUUGAAUCAGGCAAGCCAAGAAGCUCUGGAAGUGAUUCUCCAGGAUUCCCAGCUAGACCUAGGGAAAAAAUGCUGCUGGUUUAGGUAAGGCUGGAUUGUGCUUUUGCCCAUCAGUGUGGCCACCAGCUUCAGAAAAGGACCCAAUCCUCCCAGAGUAUGCCACAGGUAAUAAACCGUGUGGAGAUGAAGGAAGGCAUCUUUUUGCAAUUCUGCCCUGUGUUUAUCACAUGCGGUAGCACUUCUGUUCUGCUGCAGUUCAUCUCCUGCCCCAAAACUAUGCUAUUCCUCUUGUGUUCUGUUGCAGCGAAAUUACAAAACUUCACUGCACAAUUGCCCUUGCAAUAUCCUAGCCCAUUCAUUUCAAUGCAAGGGGGAAUGCAGUGCAAAGGGGGGGGGGCAUGUGUGGGGCUAUUUUUUUAACAUAAUCAAUUACAUAUCAUUAGUGGACUAAAAGCAACAACAAUGAAUACCACUUGCAUUCACUGGAUUUAUUUCCGUUCCAGACAUGGUACAAAUAAGCGAACAUUGGCAAUUUCUGCUCCUGCUUUGUCAGAAUUCUCUAACAUCCCUAGAGCAGUUCUGUCCCACCUCCAAGAAAAGCCUCUGAAUGGGGUCCCUAAUUAGAGCCUCUAAACUGCCAUUUGGGCUAAUUGGGUUGUCGUGGUACGUUUGGGCCUGUCUUAAAGGGCCUUUGUGAUUCUACAUGGCACCCAUUUCACACACGCAAGCACACACACACACACACACAACCCCAUCGAGGGAGGGGGUACUUUCUGACUGGUCCACAGAAUAUGCCUGCCAGCCUCCUUUUUUGUGACAUGGGCUAAGUGCCCAACGAGGAUGAUAGCUAUCAAGUGGCUUAGUUUUUAAGCCUGAAACCAAGGUCCCAAAAGGAAAAAGAAAGAAAAGGAAGAAUUAUUACAGGGCUCUAAGUUGGAGAAGGUUACUUAAAAAGAAAAGAAGAGAAAAGAAAGCAGCAGGAGGAAAUCUGUCAGGGGAAUUUUCCAGCAGGGUGGGAAGUGGUGCUGUUGAUUAUUCUAUCAGACCUCUAACCAGAAAACAAAAAUGUGGAUUUUGCAAACACAGAUAGAUGGGCUUGCAAGGUUUUGUAUGCUUUGGAAGACUUACUGGCACCAACCUCCAAGUAAACAGGCAGCAAGGCUGCAGUCUCUACAGAUGCCAACCUGGGCACAAGUUCUACAGAUCUCACAGGGUCCUUCUACAAUCGGCCAAAACAGACAUGGCGUGAAAGGUCCAUGAAAGGAAUCUUCCCUUAUAUUUUCUUUCCAACAGGUACACAUGACCCUGAAGGAGUGAUGGACAAAUAUGUCAGUUUCUUUUUCCAUUUACUCCAAUUAUAAGUUCAGUUCACCACAUUCCCACAUCUGUUUUUGUUUACUUUUUUUUUUUGAGAAGGGCUCGAAAAACACACCAGCAUCUUCCUUAUAUGCAGAAAUUGCCAGGUUCAAUCCCCAGCAUCUCCAAGAGGGCUUGCAAGGAAUCUCUGCAUGAAAACCCAGGUAGCUGCUGCCCGUCAGUGUAAGACAGUACUGAGCUAGAUGGACCCAAUGGUCUGGCUUUGUAUCAGGCAGCUUCCUAUGUUCCACGUGUGCAAUCCUCCUCAUAUACAUAUUUUUGCAAGCAAUUCCCCUUAAUGGAAUUCAUUUUUCUGUGUAUUUUCUUUUUGGCCUGAGAACUGCACUGCAAAAUUCGAGGGAAGAGCAAAUUUUGAAGGGUAACGGGGUUUCGGUUUGCAAAUUGCAGAUUCAGAAAGGUUUGCGUUCAAGUGAGAGCCAGACUGAAUUUAUUUCCCUUCCCUACUGUGAUGCUGUUUUGAAGACAAGUGGAGGUGGCAGGGUGCCAGGUGGAAGUUUUGAUUGUGCUAACAUGUUUCUUUUAUUUUAUAGAAAAGUACAUGGAGUUCGACCUGAACAACCAAGGUGAAAUUGGUGAGCGGCUUCUGUUAAAAUUUGCAAAGCUUCCACUCCUGUGUUAUGCUGAGCCUUGUUAAUUGGGGGUGCAGAGGUGGGGAACCUUUUUGACCUAGUGGACCAGGUUGUCAUUUUCCCCAUUUUGGUGGAACAAUCCACCAGCUAACCAUCUGAUGGCAAUUGAUUGGCAGGUGGGUUGUUCCUAACACCUGUCAGAGGUAGCUUGAUGGGGAUGGGGGUAGAUACUGUACAAGUAUGAUGCAUGGGGUGUUUACUCUUGCUUUCUACAGGGUUCGGAUGCAUGAGCCAAUUCUACCUAGGAAUUGGCUAGCAUGCCUGAACCAAGAACGGCUGAACACAAGAACACAGAAAAAUGGCUUGAUGAGCCAAACAGCGUGUCCUGGCAGGCCAAUUCUGACCUAUGGGCCAGAGGUUCUCUACAACCCUUGGUAUAGUGAAUCGCUGAAUCCCAUCCAUUGUAUACAUUUAAUUAUUAUUGACCUGCCUGUGUGUAUUGACUUACCUGGUUUCUAAGAUCAGUGGACAAGGCCCUCCUGGUAGUCCCUCUUCAAUGUGACGUUCAUGGUGUAGAACACCAGGAAAGGGCCUUUUCAGUGGCAGCUCCUUGAAUGUGAAACUCCCUCCUUACUGAGGUGUGUCUGGCCCCAUCUCUUCAUCAUUUAAAGUGGCUGGUUAAUAUGCAGAUUUUUUUGGUUGACAUUUGGAGGAGGUGAGGCCUGAUUGUGCAAGUGUUCUUUAGUGAUUUGUUAAGUAUUUUAAGGAUUGUGUUAUUUUAUGGAUUUAAAAAAUCUGUCUGCCUGUUGUAAGCCACCCUGUGGCUUGCGCAGAGGUGUUUGAAUUCUCUAAAAUAUAUAAAUUAAUGCUAUUAUCAGUGCUCCUUUUCUAGAAAAAGAGGUGCCGGAACUCACCGUAAAUAUCUCCCUUGUUCUCUUAUAAUGGCAAUGGUGCCCACCUGAGAGGUGCCGGAACUGAGUUCCAGUGAGUUCUGGCUUGAAAAAAAUAUGCCCUGGCUAUUAUUAUGGUAGCCAUCAUUGCCAUUCAGAAUUGACUAGAGGCACAGUUGGUUCUAAGGAAUCUUCUAGAGUGGAGGGGGAACGGUCUCCCAUGCCUAAUCCAUCUCUAUCAGGCACUAUAAAGUCAUGCCCCUCAUUGUCUAUACCACUCAUCACCCCUUGUUAUCAUUCCUUGUAGAUCUGAUGUCAGUGAAAAGGAUGAUGGAGAAGCUGGGAGCCCCCAAAACCCACCUGGAGCUGAAGAAAAUGAUCUCGGAAAUCACUGGAGGUGUUAGCGACACCAUCUCUUACCAAGAUUUUGUCAACCUGAUGCUUGGGAAACGGUCCGCAGUCCUCAAGUUGUGAGUAUCCAUAAUAAGAGGGAAGGAAGAGAGGUUUGUUUUGGGGUGACUGAGCUCCAGUGGAGGCUAGCCCAUCAGGGCAAAUAGGUCACUGCCCCACUUAGCAUUAUGAUUGGCACAGUGCCAUCUGACCCUGAAGUGGAAGGAACCCUGAGAGCAAGACUCAUAGUAUCAUAGAAUCGUAGAAUUGGAAGGUAUCCCAAGGGUCAUCUAGUCCAACCCCCCUGCAAUGCAGGAAUCUGAGCUGAAGCAUCCAUGGCAGCACCUCAAAUAGCUCCGCUUGCACAGCUUGCUCCAAGGGAAAGCUGGAGGUUGAUUGAGGCCUUAUCACUCCCUCCGACCAGAUUACCUCUCCCAUCCUAGGCUCUGCCCCUCACACCUGAGAGGCACGACUUCUCAAAGGGAGAAGCUCCUAAAGGCAAGUGCGUCUCCCUCUCUCUGUGUGGCUUCUGGCUUGCUGCGUUCCUUGCGCUGUUAGACAGGUGCUGUGGAUCGGGAAGUACGUGACCCCUCACCCAUGUAAAUUGGGCUCAGGGGAAGGCAUCUGUGAGUGCCCUGGCUUAGGGUUUUGAAUUUGGUGACUGAAACCAGGCUCUGUUCUUCAGCCAGCAGAACAUCAGUCCCACUCUUAGCCAGCUCAUCUUCUGCCAUUACUGAGUUUUGCUUGCUGCUCAGGGCUGAGGCCUUGACUGCUGCAAUCUUCUGCUUUCUGGCCUUAGGACCGGAGGAAGCUGCCUUACCCAGAAUCAGACCUUUGGUUCAUCUAGCUCAAAACAGUACUGUCUACACUAACUGGCAGCGGCUGAACAGGGUUUUUUUCCCUUCCCCCAGCCUCCACAGCUGGAGGCAGCAAUGCUUCUGAAUGACAGCUGCCGGAAAACACAGAAGGGGAGAGGGCUCUUGUGAGAACAGAAUCCUGGAUCAGGGGGGACAUUGGCCUGAUCCUGAAGGGCUCUUCUUAGAUCCUCAAGUCUUUGCAACCAGGCUGUGAGAAUCCCGGAGGCAUAUGAUUGGCCCCUGUGGGAAACUGAAUCCUGGACUCGGCAAAACCUUUCGGCCUGGUGCAUCAGGGCUCUUUCUUAUCUCCUCAUGUUACCCUCCUUCUCAAGUUGGCUUCUGUCUCUGUUUGCUGAGGAAUAGAGGAAGCCAGUUUUCUCUCCCCCACUCCUGUCCCUAUACCGACAUGAAUAGCCCUCAGAAGACACAGGUCCCUUUUUCAGAAAUGAGCACGCAAACAAGCCACUCAUUGUCUCUGGCCUCCUGUCUCGGUUUCCGCUCCCGUUCCAGAAGCCGACUCCCCAUCUGCAAACAAUAGACAGUGAGGGCCGAGGUAGCUGUUGAAGUGCCCACGGCUGUGAGUGUGUGAAGUGGUGCCUGUUGCAAAGCCUUCUGGGAUAUUUCCGUCCAUUUACUGAGUUUCCCCUUCAGCCUGUUAAUUCAAAAGCUGACCAGUGGGGUGGGGCAAAAUGCAAUAGCUACAGCCAUGAGACUUUCAAGUGGCAUGUUUUUGUUUUAGGAAGGGAUGGUGGCUGACCCACCACUGUGCAUUUCAUUGGGGAGGGGGCAGCUCUAGGUCUGAGGGAGGGUCUGGCAAAAGAGUCUCUGGCAGGCCACAUCUUGUGUCCAUGAGCCUGUAUCUGGCAGUGGUGGAGAAAAGCAGCAGUAAAAGGAGAACGAGGUAGAUUGGCAUCGCCAUGGUGAUUUCCCACAAUGCCUCUGCUGCAAUGUGGCUCCAGGGUAAGGGUGGGGAACUGCAGGCCCAGGGGCCAAGUUGUUGUGGCCCUUGGGCUGAAGAAGAUUCUCCACCUGUGUCCCAGCUGGGCCUACCUUGCAGGCUUGUUUGGAGGGAUUCCAAUGUAACCCAUGUGAACAGAUCUAAACACUCUUUUGAAUAUCUAUACUGCAUACUAAGACCCUAAAAUGCAACGCAUUGUUUUCAUAAGAAGCAGCAUUUUUAUACUGUUAUUAAAAAUAGCAGUUUAUGACCAUGAGUGUGCCUAGCAAAAGUACACCAUAAACUUCUAACGGGACACAGAGGAUAAAGAGUUGUUUAUCUUGCUUCGUUUGCAUCAAGUGGUUCAGUGAUAAGAUUGUUUCCUCCUCUCGUUGCUCCCCCUGGGAGCAGGAUGGAUCACUUUGCAUUCACACCCCAAACAGAAUUUGAGCCAAAGUUUUGGAGUGGAGGAUUCUGGGGUGACUCCUAGUGACCAAUAUUGCCCUCUGCUGGCUAAUACGAGAUAAACACAAGUUUCAUUUAAGGACAUAAUACUACAGUGGUACCUCGGGUUACAGACGCUUCAGGUUACAGACUCCGCUAACCCAGAAAUAGUACCUCGGGUUAAGAACUUUGCUUCAGGAUGAGAACAGAAAUCGCGCGGCGGUGCAGCAGCAGCGGGAGGCCCCAUUAGCUAAAGUGGUGCUUCAGGUUAAGAACAGUUUCAGGUUAAGAAUGGACCUCCGGAACGAAUUAAGUACAUAACCAGAGGUAUCACUGUAUUAUUAUUACCUUUAUAUCUAUAUUUUUGAAAGUUGGCUAUGCAGCUGGGUGCUUCUUCAGAUAUCAUAAUCAAUGCAUGAUGGUUCCCGAGAUCAAGGAGUGCUGACUUCAGAUCUGCAAUGAUUCUUUGCUCACUGAGAAUUCCCAAGCAACACGUGACUGGCAAGUUGCUAGUCAUUACAUUUGUACCCCAGCUCUUCCUAACAGAUUUUAUUUUGUUGUUUCUUUGCUUUUCUUUCAGGGUCAUGAUGUUUGAAGGAAAAGCCAACGAAAGCAACCCAAAGCUUUCAGGUCCACCUCCUGAGAGAGAUAUCUCCAGCCUUCCUUGA